UCUCGCCUCGUCCGAAAUUUUGAUCACUUGAUUCCCCCCAUGGCAUACAACAACAACUCCGACAAGCCGACUGUAAUGGUCACCAACGACGACGGCAUCGAAGGCCCUGGUCUACUCUCCCUCGUCCACGUCCUCGUCUCCACCAAUCUCUACAAUGUCCUCGUCUGCGCUCCCGACUCAGAAAACUCUGCUGUCAGUCACUGUAUCACUUGGCGUCGUCCGAUCGCCGCCAAAAAAGUUGACAUCGCCGGAGCUACGGCGUUUGCCAUUUCCGGGUCUCCUGCUGAUUCUGCGUCUUUGGGUGUUUCCAAAGCACUGUUUCGUACAGUUCCCGACUUGGUGAUCAGCGGAAUAAACAAGGGAAGCAAUUGUGGUUAUCACAUAACGUACUCUGGUACCGUGGCUGGCGCUCGGGAAGCUUUCUUUAAUGGUGUGCCUGCUGUGUCUGUAUCUUAUGAUUGGGUUGAAGGCAAGAGUCACCUUAAUGACUUCACACUGGCUGCCGAGGCUUGCUUGCCUAUCAUUAAUGCAUUGCUCGUGGAAAUUAAAAAUCAAACCUUUCCUCAAAGAUGUUUCUUGAAUGUAGAUCUUCCAACGAAUGUUGCUACUCAUAAGGGUUAUAAGCUGACUAAGCAGGGCAACAGUAUAAUCAGAAUGAGGUGGAAACAAGUUACUUCAGAGAUGCCAAAAAUGUUGUCAUCAAUGGAAAUGGAGAAGGAUUCAGCAACAUCUAUUGAGAUAGAUACAUCAACUAAGCCAAACGAAGAUCCUUUGUUUGCAAGAGAGGUAAUUGGCUACCAACAUGAUAAUGAUGAUGAUACAGACCACAAAUGUGUUCAACAAGGAUAUAUUACUGUCACUCCUUUAGGUGCCUUCUCUAAUGCUGAGAUACACUGCAGCACCUUCUUAAAAGAGUGGCUGCCGAAUAUAGCUGACCGCUCCUCUUCAUCUGCCCUAUAAAGGAUAUAUAUAAACGGAUUAUGCAAAAUCAAGUGCGGCUACUCUAAUUUUCUGGAAUACCGGUUUCUGUUCCCUCUGCAUUAAUUUCAGAUUCAAAGGGUUUCAAUUAAUUAUGUUAACAGCACAGCAUUAAGGGUCUAAUGCACAUCUUGUUAUAGUGAUACACGUAAAAAUUAGUAACAACCCCAUUGUGUACUAGUGGUGUAUUAUUUCAUUUAUAAACCAUUCUGUUUGCAAUUCAUGUCAUU